AUGGCACCCAGCACAAUUGAGGCCUUGGGCCUGACUAUGGUCGAUGACACCACGACCACCAAGGAGACCAACGGCACAUCAGAGACCAAGACCACGAACGGUCACACAACAAACGGCGAGACUACCACAAACGGCGAGGCCGCCAAGGACAACGAAGCCAAGUCCGAUGAUGAUCCUUCAACAGAAGCGGCCUCUGACGAGAAAGACGAGAAAGACAAGCCCAAGGAGCCUCUCGCCCCUACCGGCUCCAUCUCUUCCACGAAGAACAUCUACGCAUCCCCCAAAGACAGUGAUGGCAACUGGACUUGGGUCGACAAGUACCCCGAAGACGUCCACGAGGCCGCCGAGAACGAGGAGACGGCCCAGUAUGCCGUCGUAGUCCGCAACGUCAAGUCUUCAGACUCUCGCAAGAAGCUCGAGGCCCACUCCAUCGUCAUCCAGUCCCCUUGGCUCAAAACCGCCUUGGGCGAGAUCCUUGACGGCUACACCGGCGUCGCCUGCGAGCUCGAGCGCCUCGAGUUCGAUGCCCCCUUCCACCCCUUCGUGCACCGCUGGACUGAGCUCUGCAAGUACAUGAAGAAGCCCAGCCUGGAUGACAAGACCAAGGAGCACCUCAAGAUCCUGUACGACAUCCUCCAGUACGAGAUCGGCGACGCGAUCAAGGUGUUCGAGGAUUACGUCGCCAAGGGCGUCAUCACCUUCGAGCACCUCUGGAUGAUCUUCCAGCCCGGUGCCAUCGUGCUCUCCGCCCACAAGGGCCCUCUAUCCGCCUUCGAGCUCGAGGAGACCGAGUACAAGGCCACGCAGUGCGGCAAGUACCUCGAGCUGUCCGCCGACUGCGUUGACUACGGCGGCAAGACCUUCGGCCGCUACGGCGAGAGCAUCAAGGUCCCCGAGUUCCUCGGCACCAAGAAGAUCACCGGCCUCAACGCCUACCCGUGGGCCUUCCACCCAGAGAAGGACAAGGUCCGCCAGGGCCUCAUCCGCCGCGGCCAAAUCUUUGAGGAGCUCGCGGGCCACCACUACAAGCAGUACUCCGGCACGGCCAUCACCUGGGACCGCGAGGGCAACGAGGUCCCGAUCCAGGUCGACGGGCGCAUCGUCGUCGACAUCAGCUCCUUCAACCGCUACAGCCCCUACUACCCGCGCUACCUCGACGACUGGGCGGCCAAGGACCUCGAGGCGCUGCAGGCGUGGAAGCGCUCGCAUGGCCUCGGCAAGGACGGCAACCUGAAGCUGACGCCGUACCACCAGAUGCUCGCGCGCUCGAGGACGCGCGGGUACUCUCUUAAGCUGAAGAAGUGGCUCGACUUCUUUGUCGAGACGGUGGAGGAGAUUACAUGGAACAACAACGCCUUCGACAAGCUCGUCCUGCCCGAGGAUCAGAAGGAGCUCAUCCUCGCUUUCUCCGAGUCGCAGCUCGAGGGCUCUUCCUUUGACGACGUCAUCUCUGGCAAGGGCAAGGGCAUCAUCUGCCUGCUCUCUGGCCCCCCUGGUGUCGGCAAGACCCUGACCGCCGAAGCCGUCGCCGAGAACCUCAAGGUUCCUCUCCACACCCUCAGCUCCGGCGACCUCGGCUCCCAGCCCUGGGAGGUCGAAAACGGUCUUUCGCGCAUCCUCGAGCUCGUUGCCCGCUGGAACGCCAUCCUUCUCCUCGACGAGUGCGACGUCUUCCUCGAGGCGCGCUCGACGCACGACCUCGAGAGGAACAAGGUCGUCUCCAUCUUCCUGCGCACGCUCGAGUACUACGAGGGCAUCCUCUUCAUGACCACGAACCGCGUCGAUAACAUCGACCUGGCGUUCCAGUCGCGUAUCCACGUCUCGCUCGAGUACCCCGACCUGACGGUCGACUCGCGCCGCCAGAUCUGGCGCAACUUCCUCGAGGGCGCGACGCUGAAGAGCGAGGUCACGGAAGAGGAUCUGGAUGAUUUUGCUACGCUUUCGCUUAAUGGUCGCCAGAUCAAGAACAUCUUGAAGACAUCGCAAUUGCUUGCGGCCAGGAAGAAGAGUACGCUCAAGCGUAGCUUCAUUGAUACUGUAUUGAACAUCGAGAACAGACGCCCUGGUGGUCGUCAAUAA